UUUUUUACCGUUAUCUAAUUUCACAUUUGAUGAUAUCAUUCAUAAGAUUCAACUUUUUCUUUGUCCAUGGAUGCAAGGGGUUGUCUUGGUCUACAUAAUUUAAAAUGCAUUUCUAUUAAAGGAUUCAUGAGGCAACUGGAUUAAUCAACUAAUGUGCUAGCCAGUGUAGCACAUUGAGUUUUCGUUGCCAAUAUUGGUGCAUGUGUGAGCCAUAUGUGCUUGGAUGUGUGGUUUAUACAGUUUAUGCACUAACAUGUUCAUAUAUAAGCCUGAUUUCGCAUAUGAAUAUCCAUAUAUAUGUAUUGAUACCGACGAUGCCUUCAAGAACCCUGGAGGCAGGAUCGUGCGAACCAGUGGACCGGGAUGGUUGGUGCAUGUCCUCGGGUUCUGUCGGUCAAACAAAGCCUUUGGAUUUGGCAGGUCAAGCAAGGGUAAAGAUGUGUAUAUACCGGAGACGUGUGGAUUUUUUUUUGGGACCAGAUAUAUGUAUGUAUCUGUUAUGCAAAUCUGAAAAGAUAUAAAUAGGCAGACCUUAAAAAAAUCCCAAGAGAGUCUCGGCCCAACCGGACGCCUAGGCUAAGACUAAUGUGUCAUUCAACUUCUUACUUUGGUGUAGUGUGUACCUUUUUGGAUUCACAAUUAUUACAUUUCUUUUGCAGUUUAAUUUUGAUGCAAAUGGACAUUUGCUCUCACAUUGGUAUGCCAGUAAAUGAUGUUAGUAGCCUUCAUGGGUACUAUAUGGAUGUUGACACCCUUGAAUCCAGUUGUAGGCUCAUGGGUGAUUUUUCGGUGGAUGAACUUGCAUAUGACGCAGCCAAGUUUCUAAAUAUUCACGAUGAUGUAGAAGUGGGUUCGGCUUCCAUACCAACUCAUGAGCAUGUAAUAUCUCAGAUAAAAGAUGAGUGCGAAGAGGCUCAUCUCAGUAGCAUAAUCACCGAGGCCCGUGAGAAUCUUUUUAAUAAAUGUGCUACAUUCUCUUGUUCAAGCAAGAUGUUGUCCUCUUCUGCAGCAUUUGUAGGAGGGGAGCUUAAGGGGGGAAUGAAUGAUGCUGAUGACGUUAUAACCCGUGAAGUCUCAACACAUGAUGAUAAUGCUGAAUCUAUUGAUCCUCACUGCUCGAGUACGCAAUCUCUACCUAAUCCUAUGAAGCCUGUAUCCGCCAUGAAAGGUAGUCGUGAGAAACGUGGAGCGGCUCCACCCAAUAAGCUGACCGUGAAGUGGGCCCCAGACGUCUAUGAUCCAAUUCCCGCCCCAUCCUUACACACGUCAAUUAACAGGCCUCAUAAGCAGGGUAAGAAGAAGUACAAGAUUAAGCAGAAAAACGGAAGUAAAUCAUCACGAGGAAGUAAAGGUAAAGACAAAAAACAAGUUCAUAAAAGUAUGGGAUUCAAGUUAUUUGAACACAAACAGGAAGUAAUCCAUGUUUCAGAGAUCCAGACAAGUGCUAUCGACUUCCAUCUGGGGAUGCCAGAUCUUUUUUGUGGGGGUACUUUUGUCGAUCGAUAUGGUGCGAGCUUCCACCUGUCAUCAACUGCAGAGGCCACCUAGCUUAGCUUUCUGCACGUGUAUUCUUUUCUUACAAUCUUUAUAUAAACAAGAAAAUUAUAGAAGUUUUGUUGAUUGAUAAAGGUUGAAAGUGGAGGGAAAAACACAUCUUAUCUGGCAUUGAUAUCUCUUGGUUCUUGUAGAUACAUCUAGGUGGAAGUUGUAUUUACUUGGUUAUCCAAUGAAACCACCUAUAUAUUUGUUGUGCUA